AUGGAUUUAGUGGGUCCUCUUCGAGAGACCAGAAGUGGGAACCGCUACAUCAUUGUAAUGACAGACUACUUGACCAAAUGGUCAGAAGUCAAAGCCAUACGCACAAAGACUGCAGAAGAAAUUGCUUUGUUCAUAACAGAGACCAUCUGCCGUCAUGGAACACCUGAAGUUAUUUUGACAGAUAAUGGAAGAGAGUUUUGUAAUCAAGUAAAUGACAACCUCUGCAGGCAGCUCAACAUUGAUCAUAGAGUGACCACGCCCUAUCACCCACAAACAAAUGGUCUCACAGAGAGGAAUAACCAGACAAUAUGCAGUGCUCUGACCAAGCAACAGAAGAGAAGCCACGCCCAGGCCAAGCAGAAGACAUAUUAUGACAAGAAGAAUGAGAGUACCAUCUUGAAAUCUGGAGAUUCUGUUCUUCUGAAAAACAAGAGGCGAGUGAACAGAAAAGGAGAUAAAAUCCAAACCAGAUGGACUGGCCCAUACACUAUUAAAGAGAGUAUUGGAAAAGGAUGUGCCUCUACAAACUCUCCAAGUAAGCUGCCAAAGUCCUCCCUCCAGAUGUGUGUGGGAGAUGUUACGAUACAACGACAGGACCUCACCACCCUCUACCAAAACCAUUGGCUGAAUGACAAGGUCAUUCAUGCUUAUCUUAGCUUACUUCGGUCAGAGUACAAUGCUUCAAAUGAACGAGGGUGCUUUGUCCUACCUUGUUUCCUAGCAACCAAGUGGGAAAAUGAUCAAUAUGAUGCAUGGCUCUAUCCCCAGAUUCCUCUUGAGGAAUUCCAGUAUGUGCUUCUGCCAGUUUGCCAGCAGCAGCAUUGGUUUCUGUUGUCUGCGUCAAUGACUACCAACACAGUUAGUGUACAUGACUCCCUUCCAUGCCAGACAAGGAAAGAAAGAUUCUGUAGACAUUGGAUGAACUUCAUGGCAGCAAGAAGGAAUGGAAGUCAGUGGGAUAUUGGCAGGAACCAAUCCAAUCGGCAAGCAGAUGGCCAUUCCUGUGGUGUAUUUGCGUUAAUGAAUGCCGAAGCCAUCCUCCAAAAUUCUACACCUUCUGUCAUGCGUCAGUGCCAUGCGCAGAGCUACAGGAAGCAUGUUCUGAAGCGUUUACUUGCAGAGUCAUCACCUCACAACAAGACAGUCUGUGACCUCCCUUUUUGCAGCAUGAAAAAAAGGUUCACAGACGUCAUCAGUGCAACAGAUGCUGCAAAUGGGUGCACAAGAAGUGCCUUGGCCUUACAAAAUCACAGACAAUUCAAAAUUGUGUCUUCUGUCAAUAGGGCAUUUGUGUUCGUUUUCUUACCUGAUCUCUGCUGAAUGCGUAUACUUUA